UGGAGGGCCUCACAAAGCAUCGCCAUCAGACACCUGUCAGUGCAGGUGGAGAGUCAGGUGAGAGGACACCUGAACCUCAAAGUCUCUCUGGAGGACUCUUCUUUAACUCUGUGGACUGUUGGGGUUUUUUUGAUCAAGAUUUUGCACAAUUACUUGAUAUUUGUGUUUGGAGCAUAUCUAACAAUACUUGAAAGAUUUAGUGUCAUUGCUGCCACCAGUCAAUGUGAGGACUUCAGGUGUUUUCUGAGGACUCUUGGAGGAGUCAAGCUUUAAUGGUGAGACUUAUUCUUGUGUCGGAGACAUCCUCAAGCUUUUAAGCAAACGGGCCCAUGGCAGACUUCCCGUCCAAGGUUACCACGGAGACCAGCGUCCCCCAGCCCCAGAGCUCCCCAUCAGGAAGAAUGGCUUCCAGCAUCGCCGUCGUGAUUGACACGUCCUUUAUAAGGAGCAUCCCGGCUAUCCUCAUGAUUGUUGAAAUACUUGCGGGGCUGAUCCAGUGGGCUCUGAUAGCCAGCACCCCCUACACAUUGGAAUCGGCGUAUGGCUGGGUGAUGUUUGUGGCCGUCGGUUUGUGGAUCACCACCAUCAUCCUCUUCGUCGUGUCCCUGUUUGGCGUCCAACAGAAGCUGACAUUCGUGGCAUGGUCCCUGGCGGAGAUGAUGUACAACGGCAUAGCCACGGUCCUCUAUUUCAUCGCCUUCGUGGUUAACGCAGCAUUUGUGAAUCCCUUCGCGGGCCUAUUUUACGGACAUCUGGCAGCUGCUACUGCCUUUGGUGCUCUGGUGACCUUGGCGUACGGAACCAGCACUUUCUUCUCCUUUUUGUCCUGGAGGGAAGCUCAAGGAAGCGCUGCCCCCGGCACAGUGCCGACCUAAGACACUCGCUGCUCCCGGGAAACUACUCUAGUGUUGAUACACAACUAUUACUUCACUACUACUGCUGACUCUGGAAAUCAUGACCAUAACUGAAUCCAGGUAUUAGCAAUAAGAUGAAACCUAUUCCGCUAAUUCAAUCUGAUCCACUAGCAUCAACACAAAGGCCUCUGGUGGAAUACACUAAGGCCUCAACUUCAGACCUGUAUUUAAACUUUUUAUCAAAUGCCGCACCAUGCACAUAAAAAGUUUGACAUUUUAGGAAAUUUACAAAAUCCCUUUCUGGCUGUGAUAAAUAUGAAGCUAAUGAAGGAAUCCCUUUAACUUAGCUUAGCUUAGCUUAACAUAAAGACUGGACACAUGCAGAUACAAAAUCCUCCAACCACCACCUCUAAAAUUCUGGGCAUUUUAAUGCAAAAAUAACAAGUUGCUGUUCUAAUGUGGGGUUAUAAUGCCAGUUUAAGACUCUAUCCAUACUAAUAUGGACAUUUUUCAGACAGAUAUCUUCUCUUGGAGAAACCACUAUGAACAGUGUUCCAAUCUGCAUCGACAGUAUGUCAAAUAGCGGAGAAAACAUUCUAUCAUUUCCUUCUUUCUGGCAGCCUUUGAAAUGACAGAUGCUGUGAACUGAGUAAUAUUAAAUACGCAGACGCAGAGGCUUCGGUGUACUGCUAGAGUGUUGCAGCGAGUUCAGCUGUAAACUUGUAACUGCUAACGUUACCAAAUGUAAAGAAACUAAAGAAAUCCUCUGUUUUAUAUGUUCACACAGAUACACAUUAAACAUUCGAAGCAGUUUUUUUUUUUUUUUAAACUUCCAUGUGUGAAAAUAAAAUGCUGUUUACAUGCAGAUAAAAAGCCCAAAGGUGGAGAAAAAUCUUCAUUUUGCAAAAUAUCCACACAUUAGCGUAUACAUGGCCUAGUUUUGUGUCGCGACCAAUUGCGGUGACUUCCUGGGGUGUUGUCCCAGGCAAGAAACAUAACAUCUGUAAAACUAUAACAUGUUUUUGCCCUUGCUUUAUGUGCUUAUUAAACAAACAUGAUGUCAUGCUUUAAGAUGUGAGCUGUAGAGUUGCUGGUAGGUACAUUUUAUUACCUUUGGGCACACCCAGACCAGCUGUUUCCUCCAGUCUUUAUGCUAAGCUAGGCUAAUUUCUUGCUUGCUGUAGAUUAAUUAAUAGUAUCAGUCCUCUCUUUUAACUCUCGGCCAGAAGAUAUGAGUACACAUCCUCAAAAUGUGUAACUAGUCCUUUAAAGAUUGCUCAAUUAUGUCAGAAUACAUCAAAUUUUAUGGAAAAAAACUGCUGAGGAAAAUACAAAAAGGGUCCUGAGUAAACUCCACAUCUUAUUUUCCUAAAAUAGUGCCAAAGAUGAUAAAAUAUUUUAACUUGCAGGCACUGAAUGUGAUUCAAAUUACUAAAGGGAAAUAAAAUCAUGCACCAACAAGUGUGAAAUGUUUCUGUUCCCUUGUGAGCCUUCUAGUAACCACAAUUAAAUCCAAACCUGUGGUGACAACAACUUAUUAAACAGCCCAAACUUAACAGCAUUUUUCAUGGAGACUGAUGUAUUGUAUUACUGUAAAUCCAUGGUUUCAUGAAGAAAUGUGAUCAUUGAAGGUUUGUUUUGUAUUUUACUGUUUACAGAGCCUUUUCUUGCUAUUUGUAAUAAAUGGUAAAUUCUUAGACACAAGCAUCUCUUACUGAAACUCCAUUAUUCAAAUUUAAAAUGUACACAUAUAAUGUUGUGUUGACUGCAAAAUUUACUUUUAAUCCUGAAAAUGACACUGAAGACAUUUUUACCGGAUAUAAGUGAGUUCUGACAAUGAUUCUAAUAUUGUUCCAGUAGUGUGCAAACUAUUUUUAUGAUUUAUAUGAAACUCUGCUCAUCUCCUGAUGUACUGUACGUGCCUUUAUGCAAUAUGUUGUCUUUUUGUACCAAGAAUUUGAAAUGCUGUGAAAUGCUGUGGCGAGUGCUCUGGCUCAACCAUGCACUUCAAUAAAGCACUAAGUGAUUUCAAUAUAA